GAUUUGCUGGCCCACUCACGGUACUGGCAUAUCAACCUCUGGAACAACUUGAGGUCUGUGCCAGAGGAGAAUUGGAUGCAACAAAAGGAGUUCUGGUCUCAGCGCCAUCCCUACCGGCCAUUCCCUCCACAGGAUCAGUGGUCCGGCGAGUAUGUCCGUGCAAGCAUGUACUGGUCUCAAAGCCUGGAGUACUUGACGUGGCCCUUUGUUCAGCAAUUUCGUGGAGUUCCCGACUUGCUGCACAAGGCCAAAUCGCUGGACUUUGCCGAAAUCUCGCGACACAUGUCUGCUUGGAAUCAAGCAGCUCGCGAGAAGGCCAAGGACUUUUGGAUCUCGGCGCUCCCCGGCCUCCUGACGGACGAGGAAGGCAGUGCCCUGCCGCAGUCGGUGCCCAGCUUUGAGGAAGACUUCAGACCUGGUUGGGACGCUGGAUUU